UCGGUGACCAAACCCACCAAAAAAGUAACCAUUCGCAACACAUCGCUGCAACAACACACUAUCACUAUCACUAUCACCAUCACCAACAGCAACAGCAACAGCAGCAGCAGCAACCAGGAGCCAAGGACACACAUGGACAAGAACCAACGAAAGCAUGACCUUGUAGAAUCUCAGAGCGGCUUCGAAAUCAAUGUCAGAGAGCAACCCUCCACAAAGAAAAAACGAACCCUCUCCUUUCGCAGACCACUGCCCCGCCUCUCCUCUCCUUCGUCUUUCUCAAACUCAAACUCAGAAACAGGAGCAGGGACCAAGGGGUGCAGCAUCGCUGCUUCAGGCAGCACUUCCAUACCAACGACGUCAGCGAUCCCAACAAUCCUACCGAGAACUGGCACCACAGCAGAGGACACCCAGAGCGGCCAGCAGGACACUACACAGGGCACUCGAAGCGCAGGAACGGUUGGAGCCAUUACUGAGUCGGCCUCUGAAACCCGCAUCACCUCGCCAAAGAGCUCAGAGCUAUGGGACUCACCACCCCUUCCAGAUUACGAGGACCAGAAAGAGCGUUGUCUUCAAGAGGGCAUUGACUCAGAAGUUGAGGGUGGCUCCGUUGCAAUCCGUACAGGAGCGGCAGAGAUCAAUUUCAGCUCGACAGAUAUCAAGAUUACGAGAUUCAUACAGGAAGCAGAAGAAGCAGAUGACGACCCUGGCAGACGUUAUGCAGGUUCUGCAGCUCUAGAGGCAGUGCAUUGUCAGGAAAGCACCGAAGAAGAAGCGAUCGUGGAAACCGGCCAGCCAUCCGAAUCCUUAACCAACCCUGCCCAUGACCCGGACUGCGACGAGGACGAGGGGGAGGGAGUGGAUCGUGGCGAGUUUCCCAAUGAUGAUGAGAUUCAAGACUGGGGUAUGGAUGGGUUUCAAAACGACUUUGGCCCAUACCCUACUGUGGAUCCGGUACUAGAGAAUGCAUGCCCUAUCUGUGGCCUGGACUUGUCGAAGCUCAAUACCAUGACACCCAAUGCGCAUGUGAACCGAUGCCUAGAUGGAGUGGCAUCUGACCCAGUGCCUGCAGUACUAGCACCAGAAUCAGAAGCAACAGGACAGACAUCGCUCGGGAACCAAUUGACAUCCAUCAUCGGAACCAUUCGCUCCGCUGUCACCAAUUUUCAACCGCGUUUAGGGAGCAGCACUAGCACCCCAGCUCCGAAACCAUCCACCUCCAUCAGCAAACCCAUCAACAAAUGGCAAUCCAAACGAAAAGCCCCUAGACCAUGCCCUUUUUACAAGAAGAUGCCCAGUAAAUCCAAAGGACCUGCAUGAAUCAUAUUACCUUGAACCAGUUUAAUUGCCGAUUUUUAAUGCUAUCCUGAUCUUCUGAAAUAGAUACCAGCUUCACAGUUGACGCAUUUUGUUAUGGAGCAGUGGAAGGCUGCGAUGCCUAUUUUCUAUCCCACUUCCAUUCAGAUCAUUACGGCGGCCUGACAUCGACAUGGGACCAUGGACCAAUUUAUUGCUCCAG